GAGGACUAUUUCCAGAAGGUGGUAUGAGUAUCGAAGAAAGAGCGUUCAGGUUUGCAAUAAAUGAAACUGCAGCUUUAAGUAGCAUGUUAUGGUUUGAACUUCAACCAGAAAUUUUGUACCUAGAAAAUCCAGAGGACAGUUUUGAAUCAGCACAGAAGGCCUGUGAACUUCUGAGUAAAAGUGUAGUUGCAGUUUUUGCGCCACAAACAGCUGCGGGCGCUGUUGCAGUUGAGUCCGUCUGUAGUUCAGUGUCUGUACCAAUAAUUGAGUCACGAUGGGACUAUCAAAGGCAUCAUAAUUACGCUUCGUUCAAUUUAUAUCCACAGCACAACUUGCUAGGCGAAGCAUUAAAAAAUUUGACAGAGUAUUUCAAAAUGAAAAAAAUAGCAAUUUUGUACCAAUAUGAUGAAGGAUUAGUGAGACUUCAAGAAUUGCUGACAGCUUCUUCUAAUUCUAAGGAAAAUGAGAUAAUUAUCAAAAAAAUAAUCGGAACCGAUUUCAGGAUGUUGUUGGAAGAUAUAAAGAAAUCCGGAAUCUCAAACAUCAUUGUAGACUGUGACGAUGAGACGCUUCCUUUAUUCCUAUAUCAGGCUAUGCGGUUACAGAUGCUUCGUUAUGAAUUUCACUAUAUAUUUACGUCAUUGGUAAGUUACACAAACGUAUUUUAUUCUUGAGGUGAACAUCUCAAUAAGCUGUGCUAGUUUAGUCACUUGCAGCAGUUUUCAUUCUUAUAACUUGUCUGACGUCAUAAUUCUCAUAAAAAUUCGUUCUUUUUCUGUUCAGGCACCUUAUCUUUGGAAUCUUUUACUUCUUUCUGUUCGACAAUUUCAAAUUUAAACUAAUUUAAAACUAAUUUGAAAACGUUUUGGUUUACGAAUUCGCUUUAAUUGGGUUUAUUGUUCACUGCGCCUUUGAUAAUGUUUUUGAAUUGGCGCGUUAUGGAUUUCUGCAUAUUAUUAUUAACAUUAUACAUCACAUUGGUGAGACAGUCAUAAAUAUAUCUACAUUUUCGAAUGUGGAUUAUAGAGUGGCAAGCCUGAUCCCCAAAAGAGAUUUUAUAUAAUAUGUUUAUAUAUUAUAUACUAUAUAAUAUGCUUAAAAAAAUCCCCAAAACCAAACUCAGUUUAAUUAUGCAAAGAAUGUAUAUUAAAUGAAUGUAAAAGAAAGGAAAUACGACUUUAAAAACCUCAGUCGUCUAAAUUGAAAUUUUGUAACUCUAUAAAUCUCUGGGCAUACCGGUAUAUGCUAAUAGUGUGCUAAUAAUAACUAAAAAUAUAUAAGCAACUAUGUUCUGAAU